AUGACCGAACCUACAGAACCUAGGCCGUUGAAACGAAAUAUACCACCGGAUUUACAGAGACAAAUAGAAGAAAUAAAGAAAAAAGUACCAAGAAGUACAGGAACUCCAAAUGAUUUAAAUGACAGUAGAAAGAGAUGGUUAGUUGUUGGCAUUUGCCUUCACACAAUAAUAUCCCCAGUACUAAGAACAUUUGUGCUUCCUGUUGUUACCAAACUUUGUUAUUCUCUCACAAGAUUGAAGAAAGUUCAUCAGCAAAUAUAUGGCAGUCAUUUAAAGAGAUAUGCUCCUACUAACACAAUACUUAAUUAUGAAGCAAUAAACAACAACAAAACUAGUUUUGGAAGAACCAAAGCUCUAUAUGAUUACAAAAUUAAAAGUCCUGUGGAUUUAUCAAAAUUGUUCCUCCAGACACACAUGGCACACUUCACAGCAUUUGAUGAUUCCUGUGACUCAUCUGCUCUGCUUGGAAUCAUUGUUAACAUUGACAGAUUUCCAGUAGUUAUACAAUCUGAUGCCAAACUGCUACGAUCAAACAUACGUAAUCCCUGGUCACAUUGUGACUUUACAGAAUGGACUGCUACAAAAUAUACUGAUUCUUUUAACUUGAUGAGACAGCUUAUAAGUAACCUCAAGCUGAGCCACACAGAGGAAAACAGAAUAUUGGUCGAACUAAAUAGAUGGGCAUCCAAUGGUCAUGCGUUUCUGAGUGGAACAAGACUAGGUUUGGAAAUAGUGCAAGAAAUCAGUGGGCAGACACAAAUUUUGGGUGAAUAUGUACAGACAUUAUGUACAGAGACAGAUAAUCAGUUUAUCAGACUGCAACAAGAAAUAAAAGAGGUAUCACGUUUGCAUUUAGAACAAAUCAAAAACCUGGAGGCAGAAAUAAAACAAAAAGACGAACAUCAUAUACCCGAAAAUAUCCGAGCACAACAUGAACAAGAAAUAAACGAAUGGGAACAAGACGAAUCAUCCUUUGUUUGCACUAGAGCAACACAACACAUACUCCGAUCUUCAAUCUCAAACGGCUGUAUCAUUGUCACAGGAAGCUCAGGUUGUGGUAAAUCUUCAAACAUACACCAUGCAGCCUUACAUCUACGUUACAGGUCUGGAUAUGAGAUAAUUCCUGUUCUAACAGGACCAUCAGAUAUAAUAAACUAUUAUAAUGGAAACAAAAAACAAGCUUUCGUUGUAGAUGACAUAUGUGGAAAGGAAACAAUCAAUAUACAGACAUUACAAACGUGGCGAGAUUACUCAGAAAAAAUGGAAAAAAUAUUCAAAAGUGUAGACACUAAAAAUGACGACGCUAUUUCAGAGAUAUCAGGUUCUAAGUUACUGGUUUCUUGUAGACUGCAUAUAUACAAAGAAUCACAGUUUCAACUAAUUACAUUUCUCACUAGAAAAGAAUGCAAUCUACUAUCAACAGAGUUGUGUCUUCUUCCAGAUGAACAAAGGCUAAUGAUGCAAAAUUACCUUCCAGAUGAUAUAAUUGGCAGUAUAGUGCAAGUUAUGGAGAACGUUGAUUUCUUUCCGCUGCUUUGUAAGUUGUCAAAAGACAAAACAUCCGAAGAAGUCAUCAAACUGUUUACAGCUCCUGUGGACAGUAUCCAAAAGAAUAUCAAUCACAUUAUUGUAACAAACACAUCACAAUUCUAUGUUCUUGUUCUAUGUGUCUUAUUUGAUGAUGGAUUUGAUACCAAAUGGCUGAAAUCAAACUCAGCUCCAGAAAAAAAGAGAGGCAAAAUUGAGGCCAUUGUUAAAGAGUUUGAAGUUGAUUUAUCAAAAGAAACGUCAAUGUGUCAUUUAAAAUCUUGUUUUAGUACAUUAGAUGGUACUUAUUUAAAAGGAAGAGGAACAGAGUACAGAAUGAUACAUGACAAAAUCUAUAAAAUGGUGGCUGUAAUAUGUGGCCAGAAACUCACAGAAUGUUUUAUAAAUCAUGCUCCCUCAACAUUUAUUCGUGACUAUUUUAUAUUUAAAUCAAUCUCGGAAAUGCAAACAAAUGAUGAUUUAAUUAAACUAUCGGAAGAUCAAGAACUAGAUUAUUUUGAAAGAUUGUUGUGUGACUUAAAGGAGUUUAUCAUAACAAGUACAUUUCAUAAUAAACAGUUGACAUAUCAGUCAUUCAUUGAUAAAUUGAUUGACACUUUUAAAGGGAAUGAUGAGGCAAAAACUUUGCUUAAGGAGCUUGAUACAGAAGGUUGCAAAGUAAGAAAAUAUGAUUAUAAGACUUCUUUCAAUACAACACCUUUAAUAGAGUCAGCAUCAGGUGGUUACUAUGAUUUAGUUAUGUUUCUCAUUUGUUAUGUUAAAUGUAACGUGAAUAAGGUAGACGGAAGCGGCAGGACACCUUUAUACAAGGCGUCGGAUGGAGGAAAAACUCAUGUAGUUUCUUUGUUAUUACAGAACAAUGCUAAUGUCUCUCAGGGUAAUAAUGAUGGGGAAUCUCCACUUUAUGUUGCUUGUAAAAGAGGACACACAGAUACAGUGAAAAUAUUAUUGCUAAACAAUGCUAAUGUCUCUCAGGAUACAAAUUAUAGAGAGUUUCCACUGCACGAGGCCUGUCAAGGAGGAUACACAGAUAUAGUUAAUAUGCUACUGCAAAACAAAGCAAAUGCCAAUCUUAGUAAAAAUAAUGGAGAUUUUCCAAUGCUGUUGGCAUGUAGAGGAGGACAUACGGCUGUAGUGAAAUUGUUACUUCAGAACAGUGCUGAUGUCUCUCAGUAUUGUAACUCACAUGAAACAACUUCGUUGCUUCAAGCCUGUUAUAAAGGGCAUACUGAUACAGUGGAAUUGUUACUUAAGAACAAUGCUGAUAUUUCUAAGAGUGACGUAUGGGGAACGACUCCUUUGCAUGAUGCCUGUGAUCAAGGACAUAGCGAUAUAGUUAAACUGUUAUUACAGAAUCAAGCUGAUACUUCUCUCUGUAACCAAUGGAUGAUGACGCCGUUGUUUCUGGCCUGUGUGAAAGGGCAUGCAUUUGUAGUGGAACUGUUAUUGCAGAACAAUGCUGAUGUUUCUAAGUGUGACAUGUAUGGAGAGUCUCCAUUAUAUGUGGCAUGUACACGUGGACAUACAAAGACAGUAAAACUGUUACUUCAGAAGAAUGCUGACGUAUCACAGUGUAGAACAUAUGAUGGACAAUCACCUUUACAUGUGGCUUUAAGCUGUGUUGAUCCAUUUAGUUCAGGUGUAAAUGCAUAUGAAAAUCAUAAGAAAUAUACUGAAAUUGUAAGGCUUUUAAUUGCAUCGAAUGCAGAUGUAAGUCUUUGUUCGAAAAAUGGCUCACCAUUAGACAUAGCCCGUAAAUCAAAAAGUUUGGAAAUGAUCAAACUUCUUGAAGAUAAUCUCAAAGUACGACCUUCUUGA